AAUCAUUUCAGGGAGAAAAACAACCGGUCGGGCAACUAGAAAACAAUCCGGAAUGAAGGAGGGGCAGCGGGCAAGAGUUGAGCACCGCCCCCGGUUGAGUCGUUGAACUUUGUCACAAAUUUCACAUGAAUAACACUCAUUUCUCUGCCUCUCCGUGACACAUGCCUCCUGCUUAGUGCUCUCUGCAAAAAUGUACAUCUGGUUCACCGUUUUAGCCGGACUGGCUAUUAUAUCACUCUCCUUCAUCAGGACACUUUUCCCGUACUUAGGCGAUGACUUCGCGUACAUCCUGAGGAGCAUUAAACUCGGCAUCAGGCUAACCAAGUACAAGAAAGGCAAACUUUUUUACAGCGUCUUGGACUGCUUUUUGGAUGCAGUGAAAAGGCAUCCGAAUAAGAUCUUUGUACACUUUGAAGGACGGGAAUAUACGUAUGAAGAGGUGGAUAAACAGAGCAACAAGGUGGCCCGGGCUCUGCAGGCUGAAGCCCGGUUGAAGGAGGGGGACGCGGUCGCCCUGUUUUUGGCCAACGAGCCCAGUUUCAUAUGGAUUUGGCUCGGUUUGGCCAAACUGGGCUGUCCGGCUGCUUUGCUCAACUUUAACAUCAGAUCAAAGUCCCUGCUGCACUGUUUCUCCUGCUGCGGGGCCAAAGUGAUCAUUGCUUCUGAAGAGCUGCAGGGUGCUGUGGAGGAGGUUUUACCGACGCUGACAGAGCAAGGCAUCAGUGUGUUCCUCUUGUCAGAGGCCUGCAGCACUCAGGGAAUCAACUCUUUGUCUGACAAGAUCUCCCAUGCCUCGGAUCAGCCCCUUUCCCGGGACCUCCGGGCCAACGUCACCAUCAGAAGCACUGCCCUGUACAUCUACACAUCGGGCACCACAGGUUUGCCUAAAGCAGCCGUUGUCACCCAUGAGAGGGUUUGGGCCGCCUCUUUCAUCCAGGCAGCGUGUGGCAUCACAUCAGAGGACAUCUUCUACAUCAACCUGCCGCUCUACCACAGCGCAGGCUUCCUCAUCGGGAUGGUGGGAUCCAUCGAGAGAGGUAUAACUAUUGUUCUGAAGAGGAAGUUCUCAGCCUCUCAGUUCUGGGACGACUGCAGGAAGUACAAUGUGACCGUGAUGCAGUACAUUGGGGAAACAAUGCGCUACCUCUGCAACACGCCCAGGAAAGACAAUGAGAGGAACCACAGAGUGAAGGUCGCCAUCGGUAACGGAGUCCGCACUGAUAUUUGGACGGAGUUUCUGACCCGCUUCGGGGAGAUUAAAGUCAGAGAGUUGUACGCUGCCACCGAGGGAAACAUCGGCUUCAUCAACUACACGUCCAAGAUCGGUGCUGUGGGGCGGGUCAAUUUCGUUCACAAGUUUUUCUUCCCGUACACUUUGAUCCGGUUUGAUACUGAGAAGGAGGAGCCUGUGAGGAACUCAGAGGGUCUUUGCAUCGAAGCAGUUGCAGGUGAGACGGGGCUCAUGGUGGGGAGGAUCACUCAGAGGUCUCCCUUCAUUGGAUACGCUGGCAACAAUCAACAGACCGAGAAGAAGAGGCUGCGUGACGUGAUGAAAAAAGGCGACCUGUACUUUAACACUGGAGAUUUACUCCGGUUUGAUGAUAUGAACUUUGUGUACUUUAUGGAUCGAGUGGGCGACACUUUCAGAUGGAAAGGAGAAAACGUUGCCACAUCAGAGGUCGCAGAUAUUCUCACAUUGGUUAACAGUGUUUCGGAGACAAAUGUCUACGGUGUUAAAGUUGAAGGUCACGAGGGGCGGAUCGGCAUGGCAGCUGUCACUCUGAAAGAAGGAGAAGAUUUUGAUUGUUUGCACGCCUACAAGCAGGUCGUCAACUACCUCCCUGCGUAUGCAAGACCUCGAUUCAUCAGGAUUCAGCCCUGCCUGGAGAUGACGGGGACGUUCAAGAUGAAGAAAGUGAAGUUGGUGGAGGAGGGAUUUAACCCGGCUCACAUCGAAGAUCCUCUAUACUUUUUAGAUCUGGCGAAGAAGUCGUACGUUCCCCUGACGGAGGACAUCUACAGGGCGAUUGGUGCAAGGGAAAUCAAACUCUAACCUCAUCAUCCACUGUUGAACAAGACGUUUGUUUACAAGAUGUGACCUUUCACAUCUUUCACAUUUCUUGUAAACAAGAUGUGAAAUAGACUUUUUUUUAGCAAUGAACUAAUCUCAGGGACGGACUGAAUAUGAAGCGUUACGUCAUGUUUCAACAACCUAAUUUUACUAAUACCUUUUAAAAAUUUAAUCAAGUUGACCUCAAGAAGAUUAAAUUAAUCUUACACUUACUUUGUGUUUCUUUUUAUCUCAAUUACCCCUCUAGAUAAAAUAUCUCUACCUCCUGAAUAUAGACAAUUGUGCAAAUCACCAUUAAAUCCUUCUGUUAACCAGGAAGGAGCUUUUUAAUGUUAGGUUUUAAAUGAAACGUGACAGUUUGUGCGGUUUAUUUGAUAUAUUUUGUCUGGCGAGACCUUCAUCCACAGUCAUGUGAGAGCUGGAUUGUAAAGAAAUGACAAUCACUGGACCAACUCAUCUCAUACGUCCUGUGUCGCUGUUUGACACAAAACGUACGAAACAGGUGAAAAUAUGGAGUAUCUAGAGACACGUGUUUACUUGAAUUAUAAGCAUAUUCUACACUUGGACACUCGUUCAUCCAACUGUCCCUAUACAGCUCCAGUGGGGAGAGGGACCUUAAUAACCUUUCAUCUUUGUCAGGUUACGCGUCUUCUCCUGAAAACAGAAGAGGAGCGUCAACCCUUAGGAGUGUCUCUCUCAUCAUCUCCACAGCUUCCUCUCUGUCACUUUCACUGUCAUAGAACCGCAACUAAACCUCAUUGGUAGGAAAUGUGAAAUAUCCAGGGCUCUGGUCAUCAUGGCAGGUUAGGGCCCUAAAGAUUUUAAAAUGUGAUAAUUACCUGAAAGUUUCAGCCUUAACCAAUGUGUGUUAAAGGAUUAUAUUCUUGUAUGUUUUAUAAAAUUACAACAGAUUGACCCCCAAAUGUGUAAACAUUUUAUUUCAAGUACAGUACUUAUAUAGAUAUGUUUAAUAUUGGAUAGGGUUGAAUAUAAUUAAGGAUUAAGAGAGCUUUAUUUUGAUUUGACACAGCUUUAGUGCAUGUCCACAGUGUGUGUGAAUUUAUUCCAUAUUGUUGACAGUAUGGGAUGUACAGCUACUUGUACUAAUUAAACUCUGGUUGUCUUUUU